GGUGGUGACCAAAACUCUGCCACAGCUAAAUAAGGAUCUUAGAGAGAGAGAAAAAAAACCCCCCAAUCACAUGUUGGUCAGAGAGUGUCAGUGAAGAAGACAAAGGGAAUCUUUCAGCGCCGAGAAGUCGAAUCAUGUGUGUGAAGGGCUGAGGAGAGCCGCCGCUGUGCCCUCACAACAACAACAACAACAACAACACAACCAGGGACCAGGGACCAGGACCUGACUCUGCCCUCAGGUCAGGUUCCCCCUCACACACACCUCUCUCAGUCAACUCGACACCUAUCUGGUCAGCGGCGCUCACAGCCUCCGCUCAUCUGCUCUCUCAACACAGCAACAACAACAACACCAACACCACAACAACAACAACAACACCACCACCACCACCAGAAGAAGAAGCCCCUCUGCACCUCCUCAGGUCCCUCAGGGCGAUGGGCCGCGGAGGGGGAGAGCUGCGGCGGCUCAGAGCCGCGUUGGUCGGAGCGCAUCUCUGGGCGUGUGUCGCGGUGUUGGCGGCGGUCCACUGCAACGCAGAGACGGCACCGGGAGGAGGGAGAAUCAGCCAUCUGGACCCCACAACACACCCAUAUCAGCAUAUUGUAAAGUACGAAGUAAUGGUUCCUCAGUGGCUGACCCCAGGACGGUCAAAACGAUUCAUCUCGGAUAAGGAGCAUCCGGCCAGGGCAGAGAUCCAAGUGAGGGCCGAGGGCAAAGCGCUUGUUCUGGAAAUCACAAGAAAUGAAGAUCUGCUGGCACCAAAUUAUGCUGAGACACAUUACAGUCAGACCGGAGAGCCACAGACAAGUUACCCUGACCACAAGGCUCACUGUUUUUAUCAUGGCAACGUGAAAGGCAUAGAGCACUCCAGUGUGGUACUGAGCACGUGCAAAGGACUCCGGGGCUUGAUCGUUAUGAGCUCAAGUCUUAGCUAUGUGAUGGAACCGAUUGAAGACAGCAUCGACCAGCACCUAAUCUUCAGGGCUGAGCAUCUGAAGAUGAGAGGAGGAUCCUGUGGAAAUCAGCACGGACAGAGUGAAGUGAACUGGAUCACUGGCCUUACCAGUCACAUACGUCCAGCACAUCACCGGGAAAAGAGAGACUUGAUAAAGGACAUGAAGUAUGUGGAGUUGUAUUUAGUGGCUGAUUAUGCAGAGUUUCAGAAGCAUAAAUGGGACAUUGAGAAAACUAAACUGAAGCUGAAGGAAACAGCAAAUUAUGUAGAUAAGUAUUACAGAUCGCUGAACAUCAGGAUCGCCUUAGUUCAUGUUGAAGUGUGGACCCACGAGGAUAUGUGUGAUGUAAGAGAGAACCCAUACAAUACACUCUGGUCCUUUUUAAAGUGGAGACGGAAGGCUCUUGCCAUGAAAAAGCAUGACAAUGCACAGUUGGUGACAGGAAUCACUUUCAAUGGAACAACCAUUGGAUUGGCACCUCUGAUGGGAAUGUGCUCAGACUAUCAGUCAGGAGGAGUGAAUAUGGACCACUCUGACAGUGCCAUCGGGGUGGCUGCCACCAUGGCUCACGAGAUGGGGCACAAUUUUGGGAUGAGCCACGACUCCAAAGGCUGCUGUAAGGCUUCCCCAGAGGAUGGAGGAUGUAUAAUGGCUGCAGCCACUGGCCAUCCAUUUCCUAAAGUAUUUAACAAGUGCAAUGAGAAAGAGCUUCAGAAAUACUUACACAAUGGAGGAGGGAUGUGUCUCUUCAAUAUGCCUGACACAAAAACAUUGUACGGAGGACAGAGGUGUGGAAAUGGCUAUGUAGAGGAAGGAGAGGAGUGCGACUGUGGGGAAGUGGAGGAAUGCGUUAACCCUUGCUGUAACCCCAACAACUGCAAGCUAAAGGCGAAAGCGGAAUGUGCUCACGGUGUCUGUUGUGACAAGUGCAAGUUAAGGAUGCCUGGUACAGAGUGUAGGAAGUCGGCAGGACCAUGUGAUCUCCCAGAGUAUUGCAGUGGUAACUCAGAGUUUUGUCCAGCUAAUUUUUACCAAAUGGACGGUGCCAGCUGUGAGAGAGGAGAGGCCUACUGUUACAACGGGAUGUGCUUGACGUACAAAAAUCAGUGUAUGCUCCUCUGGGGAUCUGGGGCCCGUACCGCUCCUCAAAUCUGCUUUGAAAGGGUGAACGCUGCUGGGGACUCGUACGGUAACUGCGGCAAAGAUAACCAGGGCAAUUACCGCAAGUGUGAAACCAGGAAUGCUAAGUGUGGGAAAAUACAGUGCCAGAGUUGGGCCCAAAAGCCUCUGGAUGCCAAUGCAGUCGCAAUAGAUACUACAAUAACGCUGGAUACAAAGAAGGUGCAAUGCCGUGGUACCCACGUAUACAAGACCCCUGAGCUAGAGGGCGAUAUGUUGGACCCAGGGCUGGUGAUGACUGGAACAAAGUGUGGCAACAAGGAUAUCUGUUUCGAAGGACAGUGCCAGAAUGCUUCUUUCCUGGCUGCAGAUGAAUGUGUUGCAAAGUGCCACAACCAUGGGAUUUGUAAUAACAACCACAAUUGUCACUGUGAAUCUGGCUGGGCUCCUCCUUUCUGCAAUAAACCAGGACACGGCGGCAGCAUAGACAGUGGAACGCCAUUGCCUGACAACAGUGGAGCGAUAGUGGCAGGAAUCCUGGUACCAAUCCUGCUGUUAUUGUGUGGAAUCGGGAUUUAUCUCUUCUACUGCUACAAGCGGAGAGACGAAAUCUGCCAGAAGGGUGACCGGAACCCAGAGCCAGAAGACAAACAGUUCUGGUAGUUCAGAUUAAAUUAAUUAUAUCUUUUACAAUAACUUGAAUUCAUACAGCAUCAUUUACACUUGAGAAGGUUUCAAAGUGCUUAAUAAUGGGAACAGUUGAUAUGCCGAAUGCCUGGUUAAAGAGGUAGAAACAUGGUUAUUUGUAAUGAUUGGCAUGUGA